AUGAGAAUUUUCAACGUUCUGCUCCUCGGAGGAGCCUCUUUGAUUGUUGCUGCCCCUACCGGUGUUAUGAACGAAGAGACACGCGAAGCCAGCAUUUCUUUCCUCGAGUCUACGCAUUACAAGAAAUCCCCUAACGCUGCUGCAGAGCCGGCACCUGCUAUUGAGUUCCUUGACUCUGUUCACUACAAGAGGACCCCCGAAGCCGAGGCUGCAGCCGAACCUAUAACUGUCGGAUUGGAAGUCCAAUUCGACCGCGGCAUAUAG